AUGAUCCUGAGGAACGCCCCCGUGCGGCAUUGCCGCCACACAUUGGCGUCUCCCAUCUCUAGGUCCCUCGCCCGGCAAAUGUCCACUCAGGUCACCACAAAGACUGAGACUACAUCCGAAGAGUGGAAGACAACCCAGGCCGCUGUUGCGCCCCCGAAGAUUGUAUCAGCGGCACGAAAGAAGCAGCGGAUUGUACAAGACGGUAUUCUUUCUCUCAGGACCAACUCGGCGCACGAGCACAGGGGCGCUGCUUGGACUACACCUCACUCCAACUCGAACUCGGCGGUACCUGCGACUCCUGCUCAGCAGUAUAAAGAAUGGCAAAGAAUUCAGGCCAACACACGAAGUCUCGGUUCAAAACUGGAGAAGCGCUAUAUUCCCACCGAGCUUGUCAACAACCCACCUGGACCUGAGGAUAUCACUCUAGAGAUGUUGAUGGCUUCACAAACACAUAUUGGACACAAAACCUCGCUCUGGAACCCCGCGAACUCUCGGUACAUCUACGGAGUGCGACAGGGUGUUCACAUUAUCUCUCUGGAAACGACUGCAGCACACCUGCGACGUGCGGCGCGUGUGGUGGAGGAGGUAGCGUACAAGGCUGGCCUCAUUCUCUUCGUAGGAAACCGAAAGGGUCAGAUGGAGAUUGUCACCCAGGCUGCUGAGAUGGCUGGUGCUUGUCAUUUGUUCACCAAGUGGACCCCUGGAGCCAUCACCAAUCGAGAUGUUAUUCUGAAGUUGGCCGGAACAAAAGUUGUGGACCACAAGGACCAGGAACUCCCCGGUUUUGAGGCCUACAGAGGUUCGGCUCGACCGCUGAUGCCUGAUCUGGUUGUUUGCUUAAACCCCCUUGAGAACUAUACUCUUCUAUAUGAGUGCGGUCUUAAGAGCAUUCCUACGAUUGGCGUUAUUGAUACCAACGUAGACCCAUCAUGGGUGACAUAUACCAUUCCUGCGAACGAUGACAGUCUGCGAGCGAUGGCUGUUGUUGGCGGUGUCCUAGGUCGAGCUGGCCAAAGAGGCCAACAGCGACGUAUGGCAGAUGCUAAGAAGAAUAACAUGGCGACAUGGGAAAAUUCUCCUGAUAUCGUACAGCACAUGAACCGCGAAAAGAAGGCCGCUAUUGCUGAACGCAAGAAUGUAAUGGGGCAGAUGCAACACAACCUCGAGGGAUUCAAUGAGGAGGAACAGAAGAUCUUACGAGAGGGUCUCUACGGAGACGAGCUUGAGGUUACUGAGAGCGAGAUGGUGGACAUGAUGGGACAGGCUGCCCUGGGAGCUGCAAAGGAGGCUGCCGCUGAAGCGCUUUCUUCAUUGCCUGAGGAACCCGCUAGCUCCGGCCCCGAGUCUUCUAUGCAGGCUGCUGUUUCUGAAGUUGUGGUUGAGGCUCAGGCUGAGUCCAACACCUCAUCGCCAGAACAGCCUAUCACCUCCGAAGCAGCCACUUUAGCUCCCGAGCAACCCGCUGCACCAGAGGUAGUAGCCGACGUUCAGUCUGAUGUUAGCCCUACCAAACCAGCACAGGAUUCUAGGCUAGCGAGCAUUGAGGAUCAGUUGUCUGGACUGAAGAGUGCGGCGGAGGCGAUCGAGGCCGAUAUCAAGAGCGGCAAGCAGUAG